UUAUUUAAACAGUUAGCUAAAUUAAGCUAACAUUAGCACUGGCAGUUGGCAGUUGACAGUUGACAGUUGUCAGUUGGGAUCGCACUCCAUUGUCAGUUGGGAUCGCAUUCCAUCGUUAGUUACUUGUCAGUUGCUUCAUUCCAAUAAGGUCCAGUGAGAGCCAAUCAAAAACUAGAAAUAAUCGGACCAAUCAGAGUGCUGUACACAAAUAGUCCCACCACUGUGAGCCAAUCAGAGACACUCCCCUACUGCUCAACUCUGGCUAACUACCUGCCAAUCAAUUACCAUCCUGAGGUAAAAAAAUGAAUCUCAAAGAAGAGAGUUUAAGCAAAAGCUGCUGGAAGGAAGACCUGAGACUCUGUUUGCUGAUUUUUAUAAAAAUGGAGACAUCAGCAACCUAAUAUUUUACUCUGGACACCCCAGUGCGUGGCACAGUGCCAAACUACAGCUAAAAGAGAGUGAGGACCCAGAUACAGUGAUGACAACUAUCAACAUCUACAAAACUGGGAAGAUUAUGGUACAAGGCAAUUUAAAGAACUUUCAAUCUGAAUUUCAAACCCUCAAAACACUAGCAGAAGCACAGAGAGAGAAAUCUGGCCCUGCUGUCACUUUCCCUCUGGAUCCCCCACAGAGAACUUCAGCUGCCUCCCCAUCACCAACACACAGUAGCCUGGCAGAGGAGGAACAGAGCGGCAAGGAGAGGGAACUGACCAACAAUAUCCCCCCUCUCAUAUAUACCACCAUGAAUGAAAUGAGAGAUAAGCUUGCACAUAUGGAAAGUGAACUGGUGCAACUUCAGGACAUUUCCCUCCAGACAAACUCUCUUAGAGAAUCAAACAAAGCCAUCCAUCAGCAACUGUCAACCAUGAAGACACAAUAUGAACAAACCCAGACCCAGCUAAAAGAACUUCAGCAUGACAUGACACAUGCAGGAAAGAAUUAGCCACGCUAACAGCACUGCUUAGAGAAAUGCAACAAGAGAUAACUGACAACAAGAAAGAGAUCUCUUUACUGGCUGAGAAGCUGAGAGAGAAAGAAAUGACAAUUCACAGCCUCAGCCAGCAGCUGCAACUUCCUGCUAACCCAAAUCUGCAUCCCCCUGAACCACAAACCCUCACCAGCCCACUGGCUGCCUCUCCUGACCUGCAGCAGACACCAGAACCACCGACAAACCUCAGUGUUCCUCGUGAACAGCAACACCCAUCAGAGCAAUCAUCACUUCCCACCGUACAAUAUAAAUGGGACAUUGUUUUUCUUACAGACUCUAAUCGGAAGUUCCUGGAUGAAAAAAGACUGUUUCCAAACCACAAAGUAACCAAAAUCUGAUGCCCAACUACUAACAAAGCCCUUGACCUGCUAUCUGAAGAACAUCUUGGCAGCCUGAGCCACAUCAUCAUCCAUACAGGCACCAACGAUGUGAGAGCCCAGCAGGAACGGGUUGCAACAUCACUGAGAGCAGUGAUCAACAAGGCCAGCAACACUUUUCCUAACACAAAGAUUGUCACGUCCACCCUGCUCCCACGAAAAGACUUCCACCCUAAAACUAUUUUAGGAAUCAAUGCCAGCAUGUCAAGAGAUUGUGCCCUCAGACUGAACGUAUAUCUGGUCCAGCACCCAACCCUCGGUGUCGACAACCUCUAUGACCAAGUACACCUCAAAAAAGAAUAUGUUUCUGUCUUCGCAAGGACACUAAAAGACGCUGCGCUGGGCCACAUCCCCACAUUGAGCAACCAAAACAGCAGAAGAGAGGACAGAACACAGACAGUGCCGACCAGGACACAGGGACCAGCAAACCAGAGACAAGAAAGGAGAGGUCCACCAAGACCACCACACCAGCACCGACAACACCCCGGACACGGAACAACUGGAGAGUCCACCGAGCACUGCCAAGGAACUCCUGAAUUUCUUCUUGCACAUCACCCAGACCCCUACCCCCACCCCAACCCAUGACUACCACUGCCAUGCCCACCCCACCAUGGACCCCAACUUCUACCCCCACGUCCAUGCCCACCUCACCUUGGCCCCCCACCCCCUCCCAGGAGUGCCACCGUGGACACAGCAGGACCACCACAAACAUGGAAAGACCUCCGCUCAGCACCACCAUCACAGCUGCACAGACCGCAGCUACAUGAGAGAAGCUAUGCUGAAGCCCUCACUGGAGCUCCAGACUGCUGACUGAUGACCAACAUCAAACACAUGCUCACCCUCAUCUGCACUCGUCUUACUGGCCAGGAGCCCUGGUGGGAGUAAUAUAUAAGAGCUCUACAAUGUGGACAGACAAGCAAAGAGGAAUCAGAGUUUCUCAGGAGGAGCUGCUCUGCAAGAACGCCUGUGGGUAUUAUGGAAACCCUGCAUGGCAAGGUUUCUGCUCCAAGUGCUGGAGAGAGAGAGCCCGUCCAGCUGGAGCCGAGAGACAAGACGCGAGACCAACCAAUGACGGAACUCCUCUCACCUUCUCCAAAUUUGAGGAGAAGAAAAAUGCGGAAAAGGGCCGUCGAAUUAACACAAUGAGGAGACUCUUCUGGGGUAGCCCAUCACCUCCCAAACGUCAAGAGUCUUCUGAAACACAUGCAAAUGUGUUGAAAGCCUACCAGGGCCUUGAGCCUGGGGACUUCACUGGUUUCCUAAAGAUACUUCGGAGCCCAUCCUCCCAGCGUUUGCAGUCCCGAUGUACAGCUUUCCUCAAGACAAUGGAGGCUUACCAUGAUCUGCCGGUACAGAAGCAGUCAGAUCUUGUGCAGGAUUUCUACCAGUCCUUUGCUGAAUAUUUUAGCAGUUUCUCCGAGGCCCAGGUCACUCAGAUAAUGGAGCAUGUGGAGAAGUUGAUAAUGACACGGUUGCACAAAUGGGUUUUCUGCCAUGACAGCUGUGAUGAUGAACAGAAGGACCUGGCUCUGCAGAGAAGAAUACGUUCAUUAAACUGGGUUACUCCUCAGAUGCUGGGUGUACCUUUUCCAGAAAAUAACACCACAGUCACAGGUGAUCCCUUUCUGCCGGCUAUAACAGCCAUAAUUGAGAUGGAUGCCAAACGAGCGCCUCAGGACAAACUUGCAUGUGUGUCCAAAUGCAGUCAGCACGUUUUCGAAGCGCUCUCCACCUCGAACACUGAGCCCGCUAAUGCCGAUGACUUCCUGUCAGGCCUGGUUUAUGUUGUGCUGAAGGCCAAUCCACCUCGAUUACACUCCAACAUGCAAUAUGUGAUUCGUUUUGGCCUCCCUCACAGUCUGAUGGCAGGAGAGAGCGGCUACUAUUUCACAAAUUUGUCUUGUGCAGUGGCCUUCAUUGAAAAACUGGAUGGACCAGCACUCAACCUCAGUCCAGAAGAGUUUGAGGGCUACAUGCUGCGUCAGCGAGCUCCCUUUGCACGAAGCAAGAGGCAGCAAGCUGCCAGUGAAACACAACACCUGCUAGAGGAGCUGAAGGGCAGACAGGAGAAGCUGGACCAAGGAAUGGAUGCUCUCGGCGUGCAGCUACAAAAGUGGGUGCAAGCAGUUAAUUCACAACUGGAUGAGGCAACAGGCCAGCUUGCUGUGGUGCAGAAGGAGAUAACAGCUCAGUCGGAGCUCUCACAGCUCUCAUCCUCAUCUCAUGACACGGUGCCACCGGGGGACGACACCAAAGACCAGACGGUGCUGGUGUUUUCAGAUGAAUGUGCAGGUCCUGAAGAUACAGACUGUUAGCUAUUAAAAAAAAGACAAACAUCUAAUUUGGUACUUGACUUUUUUAAUCCUCAGCACUAAUGUUUGUAGGUUGCAGAAAGAAACACAGAUUUAUAUUCAAGUGCCACAUUUGCACAAGUUCCAACCUUAGAAAUCUGGGAAUUUGUAAGCCAUUUGAACAUGAAGGAAAUAUUUAUAAAUGACACUUUUUCCAUUAAUAUCACAGGGUGCACAGGUGCUUUUAAUGGCUUUGUUAAGAUAAUAGUUUGCACAUAUUUCCUGUUUGAGGAUGAAGGCCAUCACACUUACAUUCCAAUUUACAAUAUAUGCACAAAUAUUGAUCAGAAGUAAUAUUUAAACACUCAGGUUAUGCAGCACUUGAGGAUAUUGUCUAACACUUUAAGGGUGCUUAUUUAAUAUUGACCUUUUUCCAAUAGUGUAUAUCAAUGUGCCUACUCAUACAAUGCUGUGAAGUGAAUAAAUAUGCUAGAGGAGGAAAUAUUAGAUGGCAGUUGAUCCACUUAGACCACUACAAGUCACAGGGGGUAUUUAGUUUAAUCAGGUUUUUCAGAGCUCUGUGUUGCCUUCAUUGUCUGUACGAGGAUGAAAUGACUGGUGCAACACAAUUGUAUUUAUUUUACCAUCUGUGUUAGUGUGGAGUAGGUACACAGUGUUUACAGAUGUCUUUUGAAGGAAUUAAAGGAGUUUAUGUUAUGAUAAAAAAUUGUAUCCAAUAUUAAAUAUUAUAUCUAUGAUUUAA